CCACAGCAGACGGCAACAUUUUUUUAGAAUUACGCGUUCAGUUGUUGGGUGUAACCAUACGGCGUGACAUGUAGAGCUAUGGAAGCCCGAAGAAUCUUUACGUUUUUGUUCGUUUUUAUUGUUGCAUCCGAAGCCAGUAUUUACAAUGAAUAUGAGUGUAACAACGCCCUUAUGGAGAAGGCUGCCCUUAAAGCAACAUCAUCUUUGAGAGAACGAGGACCAGAAAACGCUGUUCUAUAUGGUGGUAACGCGUGGACUUCGGAGAGUAGCGAUUUCGAUCAGCAGCUGAUAAUUGACCUGGGUCAAGUGACGAAUGUGACCCGCAUCUGGACGCAGGGCCGGGCCCACAGCUCCGAGUACGUAAUGGAAUACACGAUAAGCUACGGCAGCAACGGGCUCGACUAUGCUGACUACAAAGAGCCUGGCGGCAACAUCAGGAUGUUCAAAGGAAACACAGAUGGAGAUUCGAUUUCGAGGAACGAAUUUGAGGUGCCCAUUAUCGCCCAAUGGGUACGAAUUAACCCGACCAGAUGGAGGGAUAGGAUUUCCAUGCGAGUUGAACUCUUCGGAUGCGAUUACGCGUCCGAUAAUUUGUAUUUCAAUGGAACUGCUCUGCUGCGAAUGGACCUGUUGAGGGAUCCAAUAUCCGCUUCUAGGGAAAGUUUCCGGUUCCGGUUCAAGACUGCGGCGGCCAACGGAAUCGUGAUUUACAGCAGAGGCACCCAGGGGGAUUAUCUGGCAGUGCAGAUCAGGGAUAACAGGAUGCUGCUGAACAUUGACCUGGGUUCUGGAAUCGUUACAAGUCUGUCCGUGGGCAGUCUCCUCGACGACAACAUCUGGCACGACGUGGUGAUUUCUCGCAACAGACGCGACAUUCUUUUCUCGGUGGAUCGAGUUGUAGUGGAAGGAAGAAUCAACGGCGAGUUCAACAGAUUAAAUUUGAACAGAGGUUUCUACAUUGGCGGCGUGCCUAAUAACCAGGAAGGUCUGGUGAUCACUCAGAAUUUCACAGGAUGCAUCGAGAAUUUCUAUAUGAAUUCCACGAAUAUAAUUAGAGAUCUGAGGGAAGCCUCCGAGUGGGGUCAGACUUUGAAGUACGAGAGGGUCAAUACGUUGACCAAUUGCCCGGAGCCGCCUGUUGUCCCCGUAACAUUCCUGACAUCCAAAUCCUUUGCUAAACUGAAGGGAUAUUCCGGUGUGAAUUCAUUGAACGCUUCUUUCGCAUUCCGCACUUACGAAACGAUUGGUUUGAUGAUGUUCCACCCGUUUCUGUCGGGAGGACACGUCGCCGUGUUCUUGGAUAACGGAAAAAUCAAGGUGGAGUUGAUAACGCCGAACAAUCCCAGGGUAAUCUUGGAUAAUUAUCAAGAAACGUUCAACGAUGGAAGAUGGCACACCGUAGUUUUAACGAUUUCGACUAACAGUUUAGUCCUGGACGUGGAUUACAAACCGAUGAAGACGACGAGAAGACUGAAAAUUAAAACCGGAGAUUAUUACUUAAUUGCCGGCGGUAUUACGGCGAAAAUAGGUGAACAGUUCCAGUAUAUGCCUGGUUUCAUAGGCUGCAUGAGGACUAUUAGUAUAGAUGGUAACUUUAAGUUGCCGACGGAUUGGAACAAAGAUGAGUACUGUUGCAAAGAUGAGGUAGUCUUCGACGCUUGCAGGAUGGUUGACAGAUGCAAUCCGAAUCCUUGCGAGCAUGGAGCGGUUUGCAAGCAGAACGCACAGGAGUUCUUGUGCGACUGCACGGGAACAGGUUAUGGUGGAUCUGUUUGUCACACGUCCUUGCAUUCGUUAUCCUGUGAGGCUUACAAGAACGUACAUUCGGUGGGCCAAAGAGCCGAUAUCACUGUUGAUGUUGAUGGAAGUGGUCCUCUGGCCCCGUUCCAAGUGACCUGCGAGUAUUAUUCUGAUGGAAAGAUUGCGACGGUAUUGCAGCAUAGCAAUCAACAGAUCACUUCAGUGGAUGGUUUCCAAGAGCCCGGCAGCUUCAGACAGGAUAUUCAAUACGACGCGAACAAUGAUCAGAUCGAGGCACUGCUGAAUCGUUCGGUGUCUUGCAGGCAGUACAUCGAGUAUAGUUGCAAGAACUCCAGGUUGUUUAACUCGCCUUCGGAUGAGGUCAACUACAGGCCGUUUUCGUGGUGGGUGUCCAGGCACAACCAGAAGAUGGAUUACUGGGGCGGAGCCCUUCCGGGGUCGCGAAAAUGCGAGUGCGGCAUUCUGGGUACUUGCAGAGAUUCGACCAAAUGGUGCAAUUGCGAUGCCGAAUUCAAUGAUUGGGCCAUGGAUGGAGGUGACUUAACUGAAAAGGAUAACUUGCCGGUGAAGCAGUUGAGGUUUGGAGAUACCGGAGACGCGCUGGACGAGAAAGAAGGUCGUUACAGAUUGGGACCUUUGAUCUGUGAGGGUGAUGAUUUAUUCAACAACGUGGUUACGUUCAGAAUUUCAGAUGGAACUAUAAAUCUACCGAGCUUCGACAUGGGACACAGCGGCGAUAUUUACUUUGAGUUUAGGACUACCAUAGAGAACGCUGUGAUCCUUCACGCCAAAGGUCCGACCGAUUAUAUUAAGCUGAGCAUCAUCGGUGGAAGACAGUUGCAAUUCCAAUAUCAGGCGGGUUCUGGGCCUUUGGCUGUAACGAGAGAGACGUCCUACAAAUUGGCGGAUAAUAGAUGGCAUUCGGUGUCGGUGGAGAGGAAUAGGAAAGCCGCCAGGUUGGUAAUCGAUGGCGCAAUGAAAUCCGAGGUGAGGGAACCUCCGGGCCCUGUGAGGGCUUUGCAUUUGACGUCGGAUCUGGUGUUGGGUGCUAGCGUGGAUUACAGGGAUGGAUUUACCGGAUGCAUGCGCUCGUUCCUGAUAAAUGGAAAGCAAAUAGAUUUGAGGAGCUACGCUCGGAGAGGAUUGUACGGGAUUACGGAAGGAUGCGUAGGCAAAUGCGAGAGCAAUCCUUGCUUAAAUAAUGGAACGUGCCAUGAGAGGUACGAUGGUUAUUGGUGCGACUGCAGAUGGACCGCCUUCAAAGGUCCAAUAUGCGCAGAUGAGAUAGGCGUAAACAUGCGGCAAAACUCGAUGGUCAAAUACGAUUUUAUGGGUUCUUGGAGAUCCACCAUAUCAGAGAAGAUCCGCGUUGGAUUCACCACCACAAAUCCGAAGGGUUUCAUCCUUGGCUUCAGCUCGAACGUAUCCGGGGAGUAUUUGACUAUUAUGGUUUCAAAUUCUGGUUAUUUGCGAGUCGUUUUUGAUUUUGGCUUUGAGCGAAGGGAAGUUAUUUAUCCGAACAAGCAUUUCGGCUUGGGUCAAUACCACGAUUUGCGUUUAUCCAGAAAGAACGGCGGUUCAACUUUGGUGCUUCAAGUUGAUAACUACGAACCAUACGAAGAGCACUUCGAUGUUAAAGAUUCAGCGGAUGCGCAAUUCAAUAAUAUCCAGUAUAUGUACAUAGGAAAGAACGAAUCUAUGACGGAAGGUUUCAUUGGAUGCAUAUCGCGAGUGGAGUUUGAUGAUAUUUACCCACUCAAGUUGUUCUUCCAACAAGAUAAACCGGUCAAUGUUCAAGCAUUUGGAGGAGCUUUAACUGAAGAUUUCUGUGGCGUGGAGCCCAUCACUCAUCCACCCAACACAAUAGAAACAAGACCUCCACCGAUAGUCGACGAAGAGAAGCUCCGUAAGGCCUACAAUCAAACGGAUUCCGCUAUAUUAGGAAGCGUGCUGGCAAUUUUGUUCUUAGCUUUGGUGAUUCUACUGCUGAUCAUCGGUCGUUACUUGCACCGGCACAAGGGCGAAUACUUAACACAAGAGGAUGCAGGUGCUGACACGGCACUCGAUCCGGACACCGCCGUGGUCCAUGGCACCACUGGUCAUCAUGUACAGAAAAAGAAGGAAUGGUUCAUUUAGACCACUUCUUCUCAGCGACUGGGUGAUAGUACAAUUUCCUUGAUUGGUAUCUUUUUUUUAAUAUAUACAUACAGAUAUAAUUAAUUUUUUUUUAAC